AUGGAAGGAGGCGCGAGGGGCAGCACAGGAGCGGCGGCGGCGGGUUUGUCCACCACGGUAGUGCCCGUUACCGCAGGGCAGAUAUUCUCCAGCCGCCAUGCCGCGCAGGUCGCCGUAGCCGCUGAGCUUACUGCCACCGGCCGUUCCAUGAAGAAUGGAAAGGGUGUCGGCAGUCGGCAAAUUCACCUGGUGUGCAAGACUUGCACAAGUUGGGCUGUUAAGGCCUUCCAACAGAAGGGCGGUGAUUUCAAUAUCACCAAGGUAGAGGGCUCGCACGUUGAUUGUGCUGGGGGCGAGCGGACGAGCUCCGCAGUCGUACAACCUCUGGUGGACCAAACCCUGAAGACCGUGGGAUUUACCGUCGUCUCCGACCGGCAAUCUCAACGCGCGAAGAAGCGCAUCGCGAACGCUACUAAGGGGGAUGAAGCGACUGCCAUUUCGCGUCUUCCAUUCCUUUUCGAAGGGAUCGAGCGCGAUUGCCCGGGUUCGAUUGCCACCGUCGAGGAAAGAAUGAGUCCUGACAACCGGUUCGUCAGGAGCUUUCUGAUGCUGGGCAAGGCCGCCUACCUCGCCGCGCACAGCGUCCCCAAGGCGAGUGAAUCUCUUUUGUGA